AUGGUCAGGCCAGGCUGUCCAGUCAUUCUGCUCCACCUCUUCAGCAUCUUUGUACAGACGCGAGCUAGCACUAAGGAUAUCCUGUAUCCAUAUGGACCUGGUACUAGAGAUCUAGAGACCCCAAAGAUGGAUGAUGGAAGUUCUCCUGAAGUUACUCUGCUCAUUUCCUUCAUUUUCUUCAAUAUCCCGUACCGUUCCAUCUAUAUCAACAACAAUGGUGUCAUCUCCUUCAAUGUGCAAGUAAGCCAGUUCACACCUGAGGCUUUCCCCCUGAGUGACAGCAGAUCAUUCAUUGCUCCACUUUGGGCAGAUGUGCACAAUGGCAUUCGAGGAGAUGUUUACUACCGGGAGACCACCGAACCAGAAAUACUGGAGAGGGCGACACAAGAUGUGCGAAAGUACUUUAAGACUCACCCCGGCUUUACGGCAACCUGGGCCUUUAUUUCAACAUGGCACCAAGUCACCUUCUACGGUGGAAGCCAGACAACCCCGGUGAACACGUUCCAAACUGUACUAAUCUCAGAUGGCGUGACGUCCUUCAGCAUGUUUAACUAUGGAGAAAUCACAUGGAGCACAGGAACAGCCAGUGGUGGAGAUCCUUUAACAGGACUGGGUGGUACUACAGCUCAGUCAGGUUUUAAUGGAGGAGACAUUGGUCACUUCUUCAAUCUGCCGGGAUCACGUUCCAAUGAUGUAGUGAACAUUGAACAGACAACCAAUGUAAAUACCCCUGGACGCUGGUUCUUCCGUGUAGACACUGAACUGAUAGAUCCUGCCAAUGGAUGCAGCUUCAAUGGGCGUUUUUACAGACGAGGAGAGAUCUUCUGGUUGUCUGACCAGUGUUCUCAGAAGUGUCGCUGUCUUGACAUCGACAACGUGGUUCAGUGCCAAGAGGCUCCUUGCGGGCAGCUGGAGAUCUGCGAGCAGCAAGAUGGGGCAUUUUACUGCCAGCCGACCCGCACUAGCACUUGUGUGGUAUUUGGAGACCCUCAUUACCACACCUUCGAUGGUUUCCUUUAUCACUUCCAGGGUACCUGCUCUUACCUGUUGGCUCGACCGUGUUGGGAGGUGGCGGGGCUGCCCUUCUUCAGUGUGGAAGCCAAAAAUGAGAACCGUGGUAUCACCUCUGUCUCUUGGCUUAGAGAUGUCACGGUGGAUGUGUAUGGUCAUCGAGUCAUGUUACCCAAAGGCAGCUUUGGAAGAGUCCAGGUGGAUGGCUUGAUGAAGACCUUGCCGGUCCAGCUCCAACUUGGCGCUAUUAGGGUAUACCAGUCUGGGCUUGCAGUUGCAUUAGAAACCGACUUUGGACUCUUGGUAUCCUAUGACGGCCAACACUAUGCAUCCAUCUCCCUACCCAGCUCUUACUUCAACAAUACCUGUGGCCUUUGUGGUAACUACAACGAUGACCCGGCUGAUGACCCUGUUCUUCCUGAUGGCUCUUUGGCAGAAAGUGUUGUGGAAUUAGGGGGCGGCUGGAGGGCAGAAGACACAGACUGGAGGUGUACAGAUGGUUGUGCUCAGAACUGCAGCAUGUGUGACCCUACUACAGAAGCUUUCUACUUUCGCUCAGACUACUGUGGGCUCAUCAACAAAACCGACGGACCUUUUAGGGACUGCAGAGCUGUGGUGGACCCGACAGCCUUUGUGUACAGCUGUGUAUACGACAUGUGCAACAACAGGGAUAAUAUCACAACACUCUGCCAAGCCAUUCAGGCUUACGCUUUGGCCUGCCAAGCCAUUGGUGUCACAAUACGACCCUGGAGAUCUCGCACCUUCUGUGCUUUGUCAUGCCCCGAGUUCAGCAAUUACCAAGUGUGCACAAGUGCCUGCCCAGCCUCGUGCUCAGACCUCACUGCCCCCUUGUAUUGUGCUCACCCUUGCACUGAGGGAUGCCAGUGUGACCAAGGCUACGUUCUAAGCGGCAGCCGUUGUGUACAGCGUGAAGACUGUGGCUGUGAGCAUAACGGCCUCUAUUACCCCCUCAAUAACACUUUCUGGGCAGGCCCCAGUGGUGAAGAAGGUGAAUGCACUCUCCGCUGCACCUGUGGACCUGCUGGAGAAGUCACCUGUUUCAAUGAGUCUUGUAAGGACGGUGAGGUGUGUGUAGCAGAGGUUGGCUUACUUGGUUGCUACCCUCGAAGGGAGGGAGUGUGCUCAAUCACCCAAAACUCUGUAACAUCCUCCUUUGAUGGCACCUUCCUGCUGUUCCCGGAUGACAGCUCAUACUACCUGUUGAAACUGUGUGCUGCAGUACCAGCCAAUGGUUCAAUGGUGGAGGUUAAGAUAGGCAGGCGACUAGUGAACAAAGGACCUGCUUGGAAAAGGCCUGUUGUAGUAACAGUUGCUAACAUGGAAGCACAGAUGGGAGGGUUAGAUUUUGAUACAGUAAAGGUGAAUGGAGAACUAGUUGCGCUCCCAUAUGUUCAUCCAUUGGAGACUAUGAUGAUCUACAGAGCACCAGGCAAUGCUACAGUGGUGGAGUCCCAUGGUCUGCUUCGUGUCCACUACACACGCCAGGGAUUUGUAAACAUCUCCCUCUCCACCAUCUUCUACAAUGUUACUUGUGGUCUAUGUGGCGUCUUCAAUAGCAACUCCACUGAUGACCUCCGCCUUCCAAAUGGACGCCUGGCAGAGUCUACUGAGCAGUUCACAGAUGGCUGGCGGGCCAUUGCCGAUGACCUUACCUGUAAUGGUGACUGUGACGACCUGUAUCGAAUGUGCACAGACUUGCGUCUCUAUCAGAGUCCUUGGAUGUGUGGGAACAUUAAUGAUCCUGGGAAUAGUUCAUUUCUGGCAUGUCAUGCAGUGGUCAACCCCUCACCGUUCUUCAGGAACUGCUUAUAUAACAUGUGUGUGAAGCAAGGGAAUCGCUCAGCCUUGUGUUCUUCACUGCAGGCUUAUGCCAGCGCAUGUCAGGAUGCUCAAGAGGGCUGUCAGUGUGAGGAAGGGUUUGCACUGCGCGAUGGCCAGUGUGUGGCACGCAGUGACUGUGGCUGUAGCAGCCACGGGCGCCAGUUGGCCACUAAUCAGACUUUCUGGACGGAUUGGGAGUGCCAGGAGCGCUGCUACUGUAACGGCUCUGACAAUAGUGUAUACUGUCAGCUCGCACCCUGUCACUCUGAGGAGUACUGUCAGGAGAACGACGGCCUAUAUUUCUGCCAGCCGCGCACCGAGGCCCUGUGUGUGGCAGCUGGUUACGGGCAUUUUCUGCCAUUUGCUGGUGUACCAUUUGAGCUGCAGAGCUCUUGUACUCUUAGGAUGGCUACAACCAACUGUGGGAGAGAAAGCAGGGACUCCACAACCAUCAGUGGAACCUUUCCUCAAUUUAAACUGGCAGCUCGUAAUGAGGAGAGGGACACGGGGCAGGCAAUUUGGGUGAGGGGUUUUGUCCUGGAGGUAUACGACUUCGAGAUCGAAGUGUCUCGAAGCUUCAAGAACACUGUCACGGUGAAUAAGGAGCGUUUGUACCUUCCUCUGAAGCUGGGUCCAGGAAAAAUCCAUGUCUUCACCUUGGGCAUGCAGCUCAUCCUGGAGACAGAUUUUGGCCUAAAGGUGGCCUUCGACUGGAACACUCUGCUCCUGUUGACUUUGCCCCGUGACCUCUACAACACCUGCUGUGGUAUGUGCCAAGGCAUGUCCUUAUCCCCACCCACUUUUACCACCACUGACUUGGGCAUGACCUGGGCAGAGCGGGACACCUUCUGCCAGGUGGGCUGUGGUGACUCCUGCCCCCGCUGCGGCCUCGGAGACAAAAGCGAUUUAAACGAUGCCCCUCUAAUGGUGGCCGACGCCAACACGAACAUGGACGAGGACAACGGGGCGAACGAGGUGAACACUGGCAUGCGAUUCCACAUUGGAGAUGGACUGUAUGUGUUUGUGGAGCCCGAGGCGGUGAUGCUGUGCGGGCUGAUUGUGGAUCGAGCCGGUGUGUUUGCACGUUGCCACAGCAAGGUGGCCCCAGCGUUCUUUUAUCAGAACUGUCUGCAAGACACCUGUUUGGACCAGGGAGCUCAGGAUACAAUCUGUAACUGGCUGCAGAUAUAUGCCAGCACAUGUCAGACCCAAGGAGUGCCUGUUACCGGCUGGAGGAGUGACACACCGUGUGUCCAGAGCUGCCCACCUAACAGCCACUACUCCAGUUGUGUAUCGGUUUGCCCGCCACAAUGCGCCCCCGCCCGCGGACAGAGGGACUGCAGCCAGGACUGUGUGGAGGGCUGCCAGUGUGACCUGGGCUUCGUGCUCAACGGCAAGAGCUGCAUCCUGCCACAAAACUGUGGCUGCUACACUGAUGGCAAGUACUAUGAGCCCAAACAGCUGUUUUGGAACAGUGACUGCACCAAGCGCUGCCAGUGCAUCGGACGAAACCUGGUUCAGUGUGACCCUCGCCGUUGUAAAGCAGAGGAGGAGUGCACCCUGCGGUACGGAGUAAGGGGCUGCUUUGCACGGCGGUCCCAGCACUGCGUGGCUUCUGGCGGUGGAGUUUUCAGGACCUUUGACGGGGCAUCGCUGCGCCUCCCGGCCUCCUGCUCCUUCGUCCUGUCCACUAACUGUCACAAGCUGCCUGACCUCUCCUUCCAGCUGAUCGCCAACUUUGACAAGUGGAGCACACCAAACCUCACCACCAUCUCUCAUGUCUACCUUUACAUCAACGAGGAGAAUAUACUCAUCUCUGGCAACACUGUCAAGGUGAGUGGCGUGUGA